AUGGUCAGUAUGGAGGAGUACAAUGAAGAUAAAAAAGAGGAAACACAAGAACAAAACGAUGAUAGCCGGGAAAGCAGUGACACCAAGCAUAAGAUGCCGCAAACAACCUAUGUUCGCCUUCGGGGCUUGCCGUACUCGUCAAAAGAAAGCGAUAUCCGCGCAUUUCUUGAUGGUCAUUCGUCAUCUUUUGUGGAUAUUCAUGAUAGCAGAAAAUAG